CCGCAGAUGGGUCAACAUUUUUGACAGGUUCUUGACGAGAAGAAGAUGAUAGAGAGAGAGACUUAGACCAUACUCUUCAUCUUUGCCCGAUUCCUUCUCUUCCACCUAAGAGAGUGAUUACAUACCUACAGAUUAUUAUUGACUUCUAUAGAGAGAAGAGUGAUAUAUAUAUAAAUUUAGAAAGUGGGAAUAUUUAUUUUUGAUCAGAAAAUGGGUAGGCAACAACACCACCCCUCUCUAAGAAGUAAAGCUGCCCACUUUGUAUCUGAUCUCACCACUGUCUUCCUCAACCCCAUCUCUGACAAACCCUCCAAGCCUAAACAUCCUCAAGCUGACGAUGAGACCGAGCCAAAACGAAGUCAACUAGAGUCAAUUUCAGAAGUGGGUAAUGCAGAUUUAGUUGAUGGGCCUGAUACAUCUUCUUUUUCUGCGUUCCUGUAUUCCCUACUAUCAUCAUCAGAAUCUGGAACUAAUUCCAAACUUGAUGGGAAAAAUGAGUGUCAAGAGGAGACGUGUGAACCAAUAUGUGACCCAAUAAUGAAAGGAAGUGUUGGAAAGAAGAGUUUAAUUUCAAGGGGUAAACAAUCCCUUGGUAGAGCUCUUUCUCAAGCUGCAAGACUAGGUGGGUACCGAAAUCGAGCCUCAGAACGUAAGGGCAGUUCUGACAUGACAAUCAAUGUUGGAAACAAUUCUAAAGUUGUUGAGGAUGAUGGUAUUCCUAUGCAAACUUUGAGUGAACCUGAGCAUUUGGACAAUCUUCCAGAAAUUUCUGAACCCUCAUUGCUUCUCACUGAGAAAACACGGAGUACUCUUUAUCUUGCACUCCCUGCCCUUGUUCAGGGGAGGAAAUGGAUAUUACUUUACAGCACAUGGAGGCACGGAAUUUCACUUUCAACACUGUAUAGAAGAAGCAUGCUUUGUCCUGGUCUCAGUUUGCUGGUUGUUGGAGAUCGUAAAGGUGCAGUAUUUGGUGGCUUAGUUGAGGCACCCUUAAGACCCACGAGCAAGAGAAAAUAUGAGGGAACAAAUAAUUCAUUUGUGUUUACAAAUACACCUGGACAUCCAGUUAUAUUCCGGCCCACAGGGUUGAAUCGCUAUUUCACUUUGUGCUCCACGGACUUUCUAGCAUUGGGUGGUGGAAGUCACUUCGCACUUUAUUUGGAUAGUGAUCUAUUAAACGGUUCAAGUUCAGACUCGGAAACAUACGGAAACUCUUGUUUGGCACACACCGAAGAUUUUGAAGUGAAGGAAAUUGAGUUGUGGGGCUUUGUAUAUGCUUCACAGUAUGAAGAGAUGGUUUCAUUGUUGCGGACUGAGUCACCUGGGAUUUGCCGGUGGUAAAAUGAUCUUGCAUGAAGCAAAACCACCGUCUUUCUUUGCCAUGAUUCAUCACUCUAUAGAUCUGGGUGGUUGACUUGUGUAUAUAUUAAGAGACAUAGAUGUUACCCUGUAUGGAUGUGUCUUGCCAUACUCUCUGUAUAUAAUGAAUGCGUUUUGAAUAAUGUUUGAAGCCAGUUUUGGGUAUAAAGUGAAUUGUGGCAGCACAUUUAUAACGCAUCUCCCUAGAACUAGUGACUUUGCACUGCUUUCUCGGCUCUGGUUCAGUUAAUCUAACGGUUAAUUUUAUGGCGUUACACCAACUUUCGCGUG